AUGGCCCCCUUCUAUAACAGCGCGCCUACGCAUGCGGCGCAUUCGACAGCACCGAGUGCCAUGGCUAGUGGAGCUGCAGCGCCGCCGCAGUAUGCCGAAUUCGAGGUCAGCAAGUCCAGUGCCAACCCGGCAGACGCGGAUUCGUUGCCGGCGAUGCCCAGCUGGGAGGGUGCAGGCUCCAAGAAGGUCGCACUCGAGGAAGAGGUGGAGCUUGAGCAGAUGAAGCCUGCCGCAUCGCCGAACCCCAACGGGCAGAACAUGCCUCUCAUGGCACCCAACGCUACGUCGCAUCCGAACAGUCCUAUGCCGGGCAACAGGAGCCCCUUCGGCCAAAACCCUCAGGCAGGCUCCAGCGGCUACUUUGCCAACGCCAACCAACCUGCGGACCCUUAUGCAAUGGGUGCCCAGAUCCCCAAUGGCUACAAUGGCGCUUACGGACAGUCGACUUCGUCUUUUGGAGCAGACCAAGGUUACGGCACGGGAGCCAUGGCCGCCGGAGGUAUGGCAGCAGCGGGAGGCAUGGCAAUGGCUCAGGGCGGUCGGCCUCUGCACCGGGAAUUCAGCAACGCCGGAUAUGGGCAGCAGAGGGGUCAGACAUACCCUCCCCCUCAGCAAGAGCUUGACCAGGGCUAUGGCGACUACGAGCAGGGAGGAUACGGAAUGGGCCGCCCUCCGCGCACCGGCCCUAGCCCGGCUCCGAUUUCCCGGAGCUUCACGGCACCACCUCGCAAUGGACCUAGUCCGGCACCGCCUGGCUUCCGCCGCUCGCCUGGCCCUCCCAGCGAUUACCACGGCUCUCCCGUUCCUCCCAACAACUACCACAGGUCACCAGCUCCUCCUAAUGACUACCGACGCUCGCCUGCGCCCCAAGACGACUAUGGCUAUGACCAGCGAGACAAGUACUCCAACAACAACUACGGCCGCCCGCAGUACGGAGGAGGCGCGCGUCAAUACUCUUCCGAGUCGACACGCCCCCUCGCUCCUCAGCGCAGCUUCACCGCCGAACCGGUGUCCCCGAGUCUCCAGAACAACGCCGGCUUUGAUUUCAGCGGCAACAGCCGUCCGCAACAGUAUAACUACAACCGCGGCCCAAGCGGUGGCGCCCCACAGCACACUGAAGAAGAGGAAGAACAGCGACCCCCACAAAGCAGCGGCGGCACCUACCCAGGAUACAAGGCGUACCAGCCGACCAAGGACGGUUGGAGCGGCGUCUGA